UUCCUCUAUGCCCUGUAAAAGUUGCUCUAACCUCUCACUCAUCUGAGUCACCACGAAAUUCUCUCGCAAUUUCCUAUUUAUCUAAAACCCGAAAACCUUUCACUUUAAUUUCUCUCACUUUUCUCUUUAAAUCUGCAAUUACGUUUUCUUCAAAACAAUCUAAUGGACGCUCAGCGAGCUCUUCUGGACGAACUCAUGGGUGCAGCUCGAAAUUUGACUGAAGAGGAGAAAAAAGGGUACAAAGAAGUCAAAUGGGAUGAUAAGGAGGUUUGCGCAUUUUAUAUGGUUCGAUUUUGUCCUCAUGACCUCUUUGUCAAUACUCGAAGCGAUCUUGGACCGUGCCCUAGAAUUCAUGAUCCAAAGUUGAAGGAAAGUUUUGAGAAGUCCACAAGACAUGAUGCUUAUGUACCCAAAUUUGAAGCUGAACUUGCUCAGUUUUGCGAGAAAUUGGUCAUGGACCUGGAUAGAAGAGUUCGGCGUGGGCGAGAGCGCCUUUCUCAAGAAGUGGAACCUGCACCACCUGUUCCAGUACCAGAGGAAAAAUCUGAACAGCUAUCUGUGUUGGAGGAGAAGAUAAAGAAUCUUCUGGAACAAGUAGAGGCCCUUGGUGAAGCUGGCAAGGUGGAUGAAGCAGAAGCGCUUAUGAGAAAGGUGGAGCUACUUAAUAUUGAGAAGACAGCCUUGACCCAACAACCCCAGAAUGAGAAGUUGUUGAUGAUGGCUCAAGAGAAAAAGAUGGCUCUAUGUGAGAUCUGUGGUUCUUUUCUGGUAGCAAAUGAUGCAGCUGAGAGGACUCAGUCUCAUAUUACUGGAAAGCAGCAUAUUGGUUAUGGCAUGGUUCGUGAUUUCAUUACUGAGUACAAGACAGCGAAGGAGAAGGCAAGGGAAGAGGAAAGAUUGGUAAGGGAAAAAGAGGCAGAAGAGAGGAGGAAACAGAGGGAGAAAGAAUAUGAGAGUAGAAAGAGAAGAAGUGAUUCGGGUGAUAGGGACAGGUAUCGUGAUAGAGACCGUGACAGGGAGCGAGAGCGAUACAGAGAACGUGAUCGGAAUCAUGAAAGGUCUCGGGAGUUGGAUGGUAGAAGUGGUCGAGAUGGAGGGAGGGGGAUGGAUUGGAGAUACAAGAAAGAAAGAGAUGAAAGCAGGGAAAAGUAUCGUGAUCGUAGCAGAUCACGUUCCCCUGUUAGGCAUGGUCACAGGAGGUCACCUAGAAGUCCAAUUUGCCCAUAUUAGUGGAUUGUGUAGAUAGGUCUCUGAGCUUUGAAAUUAAAUGAGGUAGAUUUUUUAAUAUCUCAGAGUUUUAUAAAUGUGUGCUUUUGGAGUCUUGCGUUUCAUGGUCAUCAAUCUUCAUGGUUGAAACUGUUUUUGCCAUCUCACAGCUUUUGUUGAGACUAUACAAUCUACCUUUCAUCAAUUAUUAGUAGAGGAGAAAAGAGUUGAGGUAGGUAUAACUAUAUUGAUGUAACUCUUGUUCUAUCAUUUAAUUUAGGAUUUGGUUAAACUGAAUUCUUUUAUGCAUGGUCGCUGAAACAUUGUUUGAGAGUCCCUUUUUUGGGUUCAUGGAUGGCUAACUGUUCUCAAGUAUGUAAGAGGACAGGCUCAAAAACAUAUGCUUGAAUGACACUGCUGCUGAGGGAGGUGUUCUUUUUUCAA